ACCCAAGGAGGUACUUUAGAGAGUACUACUCCCUACAGGUCCGGAUUGGACUCGCUUUAUAGAGGCGGGCUCAGGGCUGAAGGGACAGAGGGUACUUAAGACCAGGAGAUGCUGCAGGGGGCCAAGGACAAAAUGAGUGGGCCACUUGCCUCUGGGGCCUGCUCAGAUCCGGAAGAGGCUUCCGACGUUAAAUCUCCACUGAGCUCAAGGUUCAGGGAACCUCUCACCCACGCUCGGUUCCAGGAGCUCUUCGGGGGCGCAGAGCAGGAGCCGGAGCUACCAGCCGAGCCCUGCUUACCCUGGCUGCGGAGGAGGCGAGCCGACGCCUGUUCUGGGCCGGGGGCAUGGCGCAUGCUGUUGGCACGGCUGCCCCCGCUGCGUUGGCUUCCCCAAUACCGCUGGCGAGCCUGGCUGCUCGGAGAUGCUGUGGCUGGAAUCACCGUGGGCGUUGUGCACGUGCCUCAGGGCAUGGCUUUUGCCCUCCUGACCUCGGUGCCCCCGGUGUUUGGACUGUAUACUUCUUUCUUUCCCGUCCUCAUCUACAGUUUGCUGGGCACUGGGAGACACCUGUCCACUGGAACUUUCGCAGUACUCAGUCUAAUGACCGGCUCUGUUGUCGAGAGGGUGGUGCCCGAACCGCUCGCAGGGAACCUCAGUGGAAUCGAAAGGGAGCAAUUGGAAGCUCGGAGAGUUGGGGCGGCAGCCGCUGUGGCCUUCGGGAGUGGGACGCUGAUGCUGGGGAUGUUCGUGCUGCGGCUUGGUGUUCUGUCCACCUUUUUAUCCGAGCCUGUGGUCAAGGCGCUGACCAGCGGGGCCGCGCUGCACGUACUGGUGUCCCAGCUGCCAAGCCUCUUGGGAUUGUCUCUCCCACGCCAGAUCGGCUGCUUUUCUCUCUUCAAGACGCUGGCUGCCGUGCUCAGCGCCCUGUCCCAGAGCAGUCCUGCAGAACUGACCAUCUCUGCGCUCAGCCUGGCGUUGCUAGUGCCGGUCAAGGAACUAAACGUGCGAUUCCGGGACCGGCUACCCACUCCGAUCCCAGGAGAAGUUGUCAUGGUUCUUCUGGCGACCGUGCUGUGCUUCACCUCUUCCCUGGACACAAGAUACAAUGUCCAGGUAGUGGGACUACUGCCUGGAGGAUUUCCUCAGCCCCUCCUCCCCACCCUGGAUGAGCUGCCCAGGGUACUGGCCGACUCACUGCCCAUCUCAUUGGUUACUUUUGCUGUGUCCACCUCUCUGGCCUCCAUCUAUGCAGACAAGUACAGCUACACUAUUGACCCCAACCAGGAACUCCUGGCCCACGGCGUCUCCAACCUCAUUUCCUCUCUCUUCUCUUGCUUUCCUAACUCCGCUACACUGGCUACAACCAGCUUAUUAGUGGAUGCUGGUGGGAAUACACAGCUGGCAGGCCUCUUCUCCUGCGUAGUGGUCCUGGCAGUGUUGCUGUGGCUGGGGCCCUUCUUCUACUACCUGCCCAAGGCUGUCCUGGCUUGCAUCAAUAUCUCCAGCAUGCGCCAGAUGUUCUUCCAGAUGCAAGAACUUCCACAGUUAUGGCACAUCAGCCGUGUGGACUUUGCUGUGUGGAUGGUCACGUGGGUGGCUGUCGUGACCCUGAAUGUGGACCUCGGCCUGGCUGUGGGUGUGGUCGUGUCUAUGAUGGCAGUGGUCUGCCGAACUCAGAGGGUGCAGUGCCUGGCGCUUGGAUUGGCUGAGGGGACAGAGCUCUACAGGCCAGUCAGAGAGAGCCAGAAGCUCCUCCAGGUUCCAGGUCUGUGUAUCCUGAGCUAUCCAGCACCCCUCUACUUUGCAACCCGUGGGCAGUUCCAUCGCAUCUUGGAGUGGCAUCUGGGGCUUGGAGAAAGAACCACGCCAGGUGCUGAGCCUGUCAGAGUGGCGAUCCUAGACUUCAGUGGUAUCACUUUUGCAGAUGCUGCAGGGGCCAGGGAAGUGGUCCAGCUCACCAGGCGGUGCCAGGAUGAUGGGAUCUACCUUCUCCUGGCUCAGUGUAAUGCCUUGGUGCUCGAGACCUUGACUCGGGCGGGACUCUGGGAUAGCAUGACUUCAGAACAACUCUUCGUGAGCGUCCAAGAUGCAGCUGCGCAUGCGCUGGAGAGACUGAAACCUACUGGCCCAAAGAUUUGCACGGUGUGGGUCUGACCUCGGUCACUUAGAGUGUGAGGAAGGCCACGGUCCUUGAGCUCCUCCCUAAUGCAACCAAUAAGAUGAAGCUGAGAGUACCCGAAGCCCGUGGAGUGGGUCUAGGCAUCUCCACGUGGAUAUCUCCAAUCUCCCCAAGCCCCGCUACACCCAAAGUACCACAGAGACACAAGUAAAAAUGGCUUUCACCGUGUGUU